AUGUGGCCUGCAGGAAGUGCCAUUCCGACGAGAAAUAUUACCGGUAGUUUGAACGGUCCAUACAGUGUCUUCGUCACUGCCAAUGGUGAUGUUUAUGUCGACAAUGGCUACAAGGGUCGAGUCCGCAAAUGGACAUUAAAUGCUACGACCAGUGUUACUGUAAUGUAUGUCAGUGACGUAUGUCACGGACUCUUUGUCGACAUGAACAAUACUAUUUAUUGUUCUCAAGGGCAUGCUAAUGUAAUUGUGGCUCGUUCACCCGAUGGCAAUGCAAACUCAUCGAAGAUCGUUGCAGGCAAUGGUUCUUCUGGGUCAACAUCAAAUAUGCUUUACUUUCCCAUGGGAAUAUUUGUCGAUAUCAACUUUAAUUUGUACGUCGCUGACUGUGACAAUGAUCGGAUUCAGUUUUUUAAAUAUGGACAAAUGUAUGGGACGACAGUGGUAGGAGAAGAAGCAUCAGUAAGUUUCGCACUCAGCAAUCCAACAAGCAUCGUUCUGGAUGCCAACAGCGAUCUGUUCAUUGUGGAUUCAUAUAAUACUCGAAUUGUAAGAUCAAGCUCUACAGGAUUUCGAUGUGUAAUUGGAUGUACGAAUGCAGGCGGUUCGAACUCCGAUCAACUACCAUACCCAUGGGCUCUUGCUUUUGAUAGCUAUGGCAACAUAUUUGUUAGUGACUAUAAUAAAUGGUCAUAUAAUGAUACAGCCAGUGUAACUGUAAUGUAUGUCAGUGCACGCUGUGACGGACUCUUUGUCGACAUGAACAAUACUAUUUAUUGUUCUCAAUCGGAGGCUCAUAUAAUUGUUGCCAGCUCACCCGAUGGUAAUGCAAACUCAUCGACGAUCGUUGCAGGCACUGGUUCUUCUGGAUCAACAUCAAAUAUGCUUGACUCACCUACUGGAAUCUUUGUCGAUAUCAAUUUUAAUUUGUAUGUAGCGGACUCUGAAAAUGAUCGGAUUCAGUUUUUUAAAUAUGGACAAAUGGAUGGGACGACAGUGGCAGGAGUAGAAGCAUCAGUCAGCUUCGCAUUCAGCAAUCCAACAAGUAUUGUCCUCGAUGCUGACAACUAUCUAUUCAUUGUAGAUAGUAAUAAUAACCGAAUCGUAAGAUCAGAUCCUACAGGAUUUCGAUGUUUAGUUGGAUGUACGGAUGCAGGUGGUUCGGACUCCGAUCAAUUACGAUAUCCAUGGGCUCUUGCUUUUGACAGUUAUGGCAAUAUAUUUGUUACGGAUGAAUACAACAACCGAAUUCAGAAAUUCAUUUUUCAAACGAACUCUUGUGUGCAUGAGUCUUGGCAUAUUCCUUCGGGUAUAAUUUAA